CACAUUCAGGCGCAUAGUUUAGAAAGUGUCGUCGGCGUAGUUUGCGGGGGCGUGGGGCCUUGCUGUUUGAUAGGAAGAAUAGUGGAAGGCUGUUAUGCCGCAACACGCAGGACAACAUAUCACAGCUAGCCGAGACAUGUAAAAACAAUGGGAAACUUGUGCUUUCGCGUGCAAGAGGAGCCCCCACGAGGAGCGCCAGACAAGCCCUUGAAGCCGCAGCCGGAGGCCUGGACGCCAGCGCUUGUCACUUCGAACAGUAUAAGCGUGCCCAAUGGAGAAUGCUUGCUCGACCAAGCACCUCGCACUUAUGCUGUUGAUAAUGCGCACGGCACGGGCACGGCGUCACUUUGCGGCUUUAGCGUUGACGACGCACACCUCAAAGAAGCAGCACAGCUACAGAAAACCUGGGCACUACUGACGACUAUGUCAAUGAGCCCCGGCGAACUUACAGCUGACGUCCAGCUGCUGGGACCUAUUGGCUCAGGGUCAUCUGCUGUCGUCUAUCGUGGAAUCUACCAAGGUGGAGAGUCGGCGCUCAAAAUUAUAGUCACACAGGGCAGGAAUGAGAGAUUGGGCACCCGCGAGGCGCUCCUGAGCCCUCAUCUGCGCCACCCGCAUGUUGUGUCGACGUACGCGGUGCGCGGCUGCCAGCUGACGGCAGAGUUCAUCGAGGAAAUGGCCACGGAUGUGCAGAUCACGCCGUCACAAUCGCGGAGCACGCUGCCAUCAUUGCCCUCACAGCCGUCAGAGGACGGGCUUGGAAACCCGCGCCUGAUCCAGCAUGAGCGACAGGGCUGGCGUGAGGUGCUCGCUCGUGUGGGUGCCGCGCCCAACAAACACCUGCUGAUGCUGGUGCAGGAGCUGUGCGACGCGGGCAGCCUGGGCGCCGCCAUCCGGCAGGGCAUGUUCCGGCCCAAGCCGGGCGUGCGGACACCGGCGCUGGCACGACGCGUACUCCUUCGCACGGCGACGGAGCUGUGCCGCGGGAUGGUCCACAUCCACACGGCCAACGUGCUGCACGGCGACCUCAAGCCCGCCAACGUGCUGCUGGCCCGCUCACGCAAGGACCGCCGCGGCUUCACGGUGAAGGUCGCGGACUUCGGUCUGAGCAAGCUGCUGCACACAGACAACAGCCGCAUCGACUCAUCGGCAGGCGGCACGUUGGCGUACAUGUCGCCCGAGGCAUUCGAUGGCAUGUUCUCCCGGGCCUCGGACGUGUACGCAUUUGGAAUGGUGCUGUACGAGAUGGCGACAGGGGAGCGGCCAUACGAACAUUUGAAUCCAGCGCAAGUGAUGAUGGGCGUCAGCCUGGGCGAGCUGCGGCCCGACUGGAGCCCAGCCGAUUGGCCGGAGCUGGCCGCGCUGGGCGCGCGCUGCCUGGCGCAGCAGCCGGAGGACCGGCCCAGCUUCCGCGAGCUCGCAGAGGAGCUGGUGCGGCUGGAGGAAGGGCUGCGGGAGGCGAACAAGCAGGUGUCUGCGGACCAAUUUAACUUCCCGGGCCUCGGCCCGCCGCAAGCCAGCAGCCGCCAGUUCGUGUAUGCGGCCAGCAGCAGCUGCGGCGAGGCGCUGAGGGGCUCGUCGCCGCUGACGCCGCAGACGCCGGCGGGGAUCCAUUCGGCGCCUGGCGUGCCAUCUGGCGGCGUUUUGUCUGGCGGGCUGGGCGGCAUUAGUGCGCCGUCGGCCGUUGCCCAAGCGGUGGCUUGCGCCCUCAGCUCCAACGACGGCCUGGCCUCCAUACCCGAGCCGCGGCUGACGUCCGCCACCUUCAGCACCGCCGCCGCCAUGACCGUCGCCGGGCUGCCAGUUGGAGCACCUGCAAAGGCAAUGGAACUAUCUAUGGCAGCGGAGGCAGCGGCGGUGAAGCCGGCUGCCGUCACGUGCGUGGCGACUGGGUGCGGCAGUAUCAUGGUAGCAGCGACGGCCGCAGUCCACGCAGCACAGGCGAGAGCCCCGUCGUCCAUGGGCUCAGACGCGGACUCGGGCCCCCAUGACCAGCAGCAAAUGCAGCAAAUGCAGCAGCUGCAGCAGGAAUUGCGGCGUGUUCCGGGAGCACGGGGGCACGGGCCAAACGGGCAGCGAGAGGGGGAGAUGGACACGCGUGUCAUGGCUAACGUGUCGCCGUGGACCGCCGCCACUGCGGUGCGUGCUGAGGAUGUGGAGCUGCAGUGCGCGACGGACCCAAGCCCACCGCCGGAUCGAUGAAGGCCCGCGCCACCUCCAGGUUACCGUGUUCGGCAAAGUCAUUUGCCCUGAAUCCGGAAACAAAGCUAGGUGCUACGUACAUCACGUGUGUUUUCUGUGACAAGUAUUGCAAAACGGCAUGGUGUGUGAUGCCCGAAUGGGGAUGGGGUGUCACGGGGUGGCUUGCGGUAACGCAAUGCCAUGAUCGCACUUGGGGAGAAGACUUGCGAAAGCGCUGAUGCAGUUGCGAGUAGCAUCGAGGGCCUGCCCUGUGUUUUGGUGGCAGUUCGUCUUAAUACGCAUGUAUUGCUAAAACUAGAUCCUGCAUGGGACCUUGUCCCUCAUCACUGGGCGGGUAAUAUGGGGGCAGAGUGGGUACUCGACUUUUGAGUGUCAUACAAAGCAAACACUGUUGCACCUGCAUGUGCGUCUCUAAGUUGUUCGUUAUAUAUGUUUCAGAGAGAGCGUGCCUGUGUUUACAGGAACUUCUUGUGCCAAUACGUGGGAAUCAAGCAAGGGCUCAAAUUGCUAUAUGCGCUGAGUAAUGGCUACAUCAUAACGGUCCUGAAGGUGUGGUCAGAGAAUUGCUUUCCCCAUGUGCAACUAGGGUGGUUGGACUCAGCCUGAGUCGAGUGUGCCGCGUGUUGUGCCUAUUUGUGUGUAGCGCCGCGACAGGCGAUUAAGGUUGUGAACUUUAGUUAUUAUAUCUUCUGGAGGAAGUGAUCCUCCUGUCUCACUCUACUCAGACGUGUUAGAGGUGAGCCACCUUGAAGCAUCCUUACCGCGCGCUGCAGCCAACCGCAUUGCGCAGCAUUGUAUUGCUCUCACAUGCGCUACGUUGGUGUUGGAGUACGGAGACACGCGGAGGCAGAAGACGUGAUGGAAGCGGCGGGAGGCGACAGGAUGGGGUGGUCGUGGUUGGCGAUCAGUGGCUUGACAUUGGGGUCCUCGCCAUUCUAGUUACCGGUAGGUGUCGGGCGACUGCUGGGGUCUAGAGGCGCUGGAGUGUUAUUCUGUCCGC